GCUGCACGUUCAACUGUUACUCAUCUUUGACUUCAUCAUCUUGUCACCAAGGGUUAUCAUUUCUGCUUUGGUAUUGUGGCUUUUGAUCUACAAAUUCCGAAGAAGACAUUUGUCUGAAUAUAACACAAUAGAAACCUUCCUCCAAAGUGAUAACAAACUCUCACCUAUCAGAUAUUCAUAUUCAGACGUAAAGAAGAUGACAAGAGGUUUUCAAGAAAAACUAGGUGAAGGAGGCUAUGGUUGUGUUUACAAAGGAAAGCUACGAAGUGGGCAUCAUGUAGCAGUCAAAAUGCUAGGAAAAUCUGGAGGGAAUGGGCAAGACUUUAUGAAUGAAAUAGCAACUAUUGGAAGGAUACACCAUAUCAAUGUGGUAAAACUUGUUGGAUAUUGUGCACAAGGCUCCAAGCGUGCUCUCAUCUUUGAUUUCAUGCCCAAUGGUUCUCUCGAGAAGUAUCUCUUCAAUCGAGAUAACAUGAAUUUCCUAAAUUGGGAAACGAAGUUUGAUAUUGCAAUUGGAAUAGCUCGAGGAAUUGAGUAUUUGCAUCGAGGAUGUGACAUCCAAAUUCUUCAUUUUGACAUCAAGCCUCAUAACAUACUCCUCGACCAUAACUUCAUCCCCAAAAUAUCUGAUUUUGGGCUAGCAAAGUUAUGCUCCGUAGAGAAGGAGGUAGUGACCUUAACGGUCGCUAGAGGAACCAUAGGGUAUGUUGCCCCAGAACUCAUCAACAGAAGUAUUGGCGGAGUUUCUUCCAAGGCGGACGUGUAUAGUUUUGGGAUGCUGUUGAUGGAAAUGCUGGGCUUAAACAGAGAGUUGAGGCAAAAUAAUGAUGAUUCUACAAAGUAUUUUCCAUAUUGGAUAUAUGACCAGCUUAAUCAAGCCAAGGAGAUUGAAAUUGAAAAGGGACAAGAUAACAAUGGUAAUGAUGAGAAUGGGAGUGUUCGGAAGAUGACAAUAGUUGCUUUGUGGUGUAUAAGGAUGAGUCCAGAUGAUCGUCCAUCAAUGAAUAAAGUGUUGGGAAUGUUGGAAGGUGAUGUGGAGCUUCUGCAGAUGCCAGAGUAUCCAUCAUCACAGUCAACCCAAAUUGCUGGAAAUGAGGAAGAGAGUUGGCUUACAGCUGCAACUGAUUCUGUAUCUUUACUCCAUCACAACAAUGCCAGCAACUUUGAGAUUAUCAUAGCAUGAACCUCUACGUCCCAAUCUUCAUUCAUUCCUUCCUCCGUCCAUCUCUUCUUAGUUUUGUAAUAGAAUGUGAA